CGCGAGACUUCGCUUUGGAGCGGUGCACGUGUCCGUGCCCUAAGGCUGAUGCGGCUUGGUGCGAGAUCGUCGCUAGGAGGCUGGCCUGCAGUGACCUGCCGUCUCCUCGGUCCCUCUCCCGUCUCCAGAGCCGUGGGUACAACACCGUGGCUGGGGCUGUGGGCGGGAGAGAACCUGAGCUCCGAGGAAAGUCAAGGUGGAGCCUAAAGCCCUCUAGGAGAAGUGGGGUGCUGAGGCUCGGGCAGCAUGACGACGGAGACCUUCGUGAAGGAUAUCAAGCCCGGGCUCAAGAACCUGAACCUCAUCUUCAUUGUGCUGGAGACAGGCCGAGUGACCAAGACAAAAGACGGGCACGAAGUUCGGACCUGCAAAGUGGCAGACAAAACUGGCAGCAUCAAUAUCUCUGUCUGGGACGACGUGGGCAACCUGAUCCAGCCUGGGGACAUUAUCCGGCUCACCAAAGGGUACGCUUCAGUGUUCAAAGGCUGUCUGACAUUGUACACGGGCCGUGGGGGUGAUCUUCAGAAGAUUGGAGAAUUCUGUAUGGUUUAUUCUGAGGUUCCUAACUUCAGUGAGCCAAACCCAGAAUACAGUGCCCAGCAGGCACCCAACAAGACGGUUCAGAACGACAGCAGCCCUGCGGCUCCCCAGCCUACCACCGGACCCCCUGCCACUUCUCCAGCCUCUGAGAGCCAGAACGGGAAUGGACUGAGUGCCCCAACCGGUCCUGGUGGUGGCCCACACCCCCCUCACACUCCCUCCCACCCACCCAGCACCCGAAUUACCCGAAGCCAGCCCAACCACACAUCUGCCGGCCCUCCUGGCCCCUCCAGCAACACUGUCAGUAACGGCAAAGAAACCCGGAGGAGCAGCAAGAGAUAGCAAGACAUCCUCCCUCCCUGUCACCAGCCGUAGCCCAGGGGUCUGCUGGAGAACACAGCUUUCUACUGGGCUGCUGGCUUUGGGGGGCAGGGGGUGUGUAAGAAUAUUUCAGCCACUAAACUUCACUGGAGGGGUGGUAAGCGGUGGCCUUAUCCACCCUCAGCCCACAGUCCCCUACUUGUCCCGCUGAAGCUGCCCGUCCCCUGGGAGUCAGGGCCCUCUGCCUCCCCUCCUUCCUCUGGAGAAACCACGGCCACCGUCUGUUUCUUGUGUGUGUGAUGUGGCAGUCUCAUGGAGUCCCUCCUUGCUAAUAAAUGUUACCACUCG